CUUCAAAUUCUCCGUUUCUUUCUUUCAGAUCACGAAAGUCUUAGCCAGCGUAGUCAUGUAAUUCGGUGGAUCACGAUAGCUCACAGUGUGUCUGAUCUUCCCUGAGUGACGGGUAGCCGAACGGUCGUUGAACGGCCGGUGCACAGAACGGCCUGGUCGGACAGGAAGCUCGUCGCGUCUCCAACCGCGAAGGAUCGGGUGAUGAGCUCAGGGUACCAGNCCCCCGACACAACAUGUUCCGCUCUAAAAUUCGCAUUCACACGUGUCGAGUGAUACUGCUCACGUCGCUGGUAUGGUUCCUGGUGGACGUGAUGGUGCUGAUGCACUAUUCGGAUUGCAUCGGAGGGUCCGGAUGGGGUUGCACGGAGAAUAACAAACAACAGCAAACGUUAACCGAAGAAAAUUUACCUCAUUCGAAAGAAGCCUUAAUGAAAGAAGAGGAACAGAUACAGUCGGCUGGACAAGCGAGCAAAAGCCGAUACAAACAAUCGGAAUUACAUUUAUGGAGGCCAGCUAAGGUCGUCCGAGAGAACAAAGGGAUGCCUGGCGAGGUGGGUGCGGCGGUACACAUUUCGCCGGAAGACGAGGCCAGGCAACAGGAGCUGUUCAAACUGAACCAAUUCAACCUGAUGGCCAGCGAUAUGAUCUCGUUGAAUCGGUCACUCAAGGAUAUUCGAUUAGAGGGCUGCAAGACCAAGAAGUACAACAAGUACCUGCCGGAUACUAGCAUCGUGAUAGUGUUCCACAAUGAAGCAUGGAGCACGUUGUUGAGGACUGUUUGGUCGGUCAUUAAUCGGUCUCCGCGUACAUUGUUAAAGGAGAUCAUAUUGGUAGAUGAUAAGAGCGAGCAAGAUCACUUGAAGCAAGACUUGGAGGACUAUGUAAAAACGUUACCGGUCCCUACAUAUGUGUACCGUACAGAGAAAAGAUCUGGUCUGAUCAGAGCUAGGCUCCUUGGAGCGAAACACGUGACAGGACAAGUUAUAACGUUCCUAGACGCUCAUUGCGAAUGCACAGAAGGUUGGCUGGAGCCUUUGCUAUCCAGGAUCGCUGAAGACAGGACAACCGUUGUCUGUCCCAUCAUUGAUGUGAUUAGCGACGAUACCUUUGAGUACAUUCCGGCCAGCGAUAUGACGUGGGGUGGUUUCAAUUGGAAACUGAAUUUUAGAUGGUACAGGGUGGCGCAAAGAGAAAUGGACAGAAGAUUAGGGGAUAGAACAGCCCCUCUGAGAACACCGACGAUGGCCGGCGGUUUAUUUUCUAUUGAUAAGGAUUAUUUUUACGAAUUGGGAGCGUACGACGAGGGCAUGGAUAUUUGGGGCGGUGAAAACCUCGAAAUGAGCUUCCGGAUAUGGAUGUGUGGUGGGACAUUGGAGAUCGCAACGUGCUCGCACGUCGGUCAUGUAUUCCGUAAGUCAACACCAUAUACAUUCCCUGGUGGUACCAGCAAGAUAGUGAACCACAACAAUGCGCGACUCGCAGAGGUCUGGUUGGACCAAUGGAAGUACUUCUAUUACAACAUUAAUCCAGGAGCCCGAAACGUAGCUGUUGGAGAUGUAUCUGAAAGAAUUAAGUUAAGGGAACGUCUUAAGUGUAAAAGCUUUAGGUGGUAUUUGGAGAAUAUUUAUCCAGAAUCUCCUAUGCCACUAGAUUAUUAUUAUUUGGGUGAUGUACAAAACGUUGAGACACAAUCUUGUUUGGACACUAUGGGUAGGAGAACAGGUGAAAAUGUUGGAAUUAGUUACUGUCAUGGAUUAGGUGGUAAUCAGGUGUUUGCUUAUACUAAACGACAGCAAAUUAUGUCUGAUGAUAUGUGCCUUGAUGCAGCUAGUCCCCAAGGUCCUGUCAAAAUAGUGAGAUGUCAUGGUAUGGGUGGAAAUCAAGCAUGGGUUUAUAACGAAGAGACAAAAAUGAUCAAACAUACUAAUACAGGACAUUGCUUGUCGAAACCUCGUUCAAACGACGCUAUGCAACCUGUAUUAGCACCUUGUGAUCCGCAUAACAUCGGCCAAAAGUGGAUUAUGCGCAGUAAAUUCAAAUGGCAAGCUAGCUAAUACGAGGUGUUUACAAGUGCAACAUUUAUAUGUAAUACUUGUUGAUUUAUUUAAUACUACAUUGAAGGACUGAUACUCAAGAGACUUCCAUACAUUGAAAAAUCAAGGAGAAGCACUAGUAUUGUACUUCAUAAAAACAAUUCAGUAUCACGUUUUGUCGAUCUAUUAAACGUCGAUGGGAUUAAUAGUGAUCAUAAACAAGAAAUUGAUUACACCUUGAAACUGAGAGAUUGAGGUUGAUGCUUUUUAGUUAUAUAGGAUUUAUUUACUGUUACUAACAGUAUCGUGUAUUUACUGUCAUUUUUCAUGGUAUGCCUUCAUUGAUAAAUGCACAAGUGUUGAAAGAAAGAAACCUAUUUCCGACUGUGUAUGGAUAUACACAAGUGAUACAAAGAGACAUGUAUGCGGACAUUCUUCUUUUUUUUCUUUUCUAGUAAACAGUAGAGAGGAAAGCAUAUCAGACCAUUGUUAUAAAUAAAUAAUUGUUAAUACAAAAGAGAGACAUAUUUGAUAAUAUGGGAUGAGUGCAAUGCUGGAUGACUGGAAGAUAUAUCAGUGCACUGAAACACAGAUAUGUUAAUAGUAUAAAUGACGUAUUACUACAGGGAAUGAAUGAUGGAAUGCUAGUGGAAUUAUUGUGACACUACCGAUUACGAUUUAGAACUUGUAUUGUACAAUUUUCUAGCAAUUAGGGAAGAGCACUGGAUCUUUUUAUACUGAUAUUUCUAACAGUUCCUUGUUGCAUCUCGUUCAUAUAUAAUUUAGUUGUUACUUUCUUUUUAUUCGUUUAAAAAGAUAAAUGUACUUAUACCUGAAUUCGCCAUAGCAAUAUGAGAUUAACGAGAUAUCGUUUAAGAGUAUAAAAAAACUACUAUUGUCUGUUAUUCACUAUACUGUUAUACUUUAAAUACUUUCUUAAAUUCAAGACAAAAUGUCUUCCGCAUUUUCUUAACAAAAAGAAAUGCUAGAUAUCUUUAUGAUGUUCUAACAUUUUACAUAGCUAUAAUUCUUCAUAGAUUUGGACCAUUUUUGUUUUCUGCAUAUUUAAAGCGUGCUAAAAAUUUAGAGUGCAAUAUUCUUAUCCAAUAAGACAUAACGGAAAAACAUUUCGUGUAACUAAUGUAAAAAUGUUGUUAUUAGAUUCUGGCGCCCUUCCCUUGCAUUACAUUAAACUAAAAUUAAACAUCUUUCGUACUUUGAAAGAAGAGGAAAGGUAGUCAACAAAGUAAAGCAAUGUUUCUGGAAAAUGUUCGCUAAUAGUUAUACUUACAUUCAAAGCUGGGGGAAGAAAUUAACUGAUUCUAUAACUUUAAACGCGCGCGCGCGAAGAAACGCAUUAAACUACAUUUAUAAUAUAUUAAAAUAUAUAUGACACUAAAAUUUCAAUUUAGGAACCUUAAUGUCAAGGAAUAUACUCAAUCUUAAGUUACAUGAAAGAAUGGUGAUGGUGCAACAAAUUAUCGCGUCUUUACAGCUUAAUUAUAUAUUUAAUUAUUCGUGCAAGGCGAUAGUAUUUAUUUUUGUACAGCAGUUAAUUUUUAUUAAAUCAAUAUAUUAUUUGAAUAUGCGUUUAAUUGUAUUAGCAGAAUUUGUAGAUAAUUUGUUAGUCUUUUAAACUGAUAACAUUUAGUUAAAUUCAAGUAAGUGCACAAAAUAUAGAAAAAAAAAGAUAAAGUCAAUAAUAAUUUGUAAACAAAUUUUUAAUCUUAUAAAUUAUCCAUCGCAUCGUGAAUUUAUACGUAUUGUUUUAUCAUCUUUAUUUUACUUCAUCUUAGGCUUAGAAUUAGAAUUAUUUAUAAAAAUUAUAUUAUUAACAAAAAUAAUUGUAAGAAUUACAUUGGAACAUUAAAGAUUACUUAUUGGCACACA